UUUGUUUUGGUUAAUACGGACUACGCUUUGUCACGCCGAGCGAAGGUCCACCUCGGGAUUUCAACCUGCCCGUUACCUCUGAAUUCUGCGUUGUCGAACUCAGAAGCUGGCCAGCUAGUUAGCAAAGAAGCUAACCAUUGCCAGUCAUUCCCCAUGUCCUCGGAAGAAGAAGGCUUGAGCUCAACGAUUACGGGUUGGCUUUUUGUCCAUUCCUGGUGGCUGCUCGUGCCGUUCGUCAUGCUGCUGGUCGUCGCUGCCUUCAUCGUGGCCUUCGUGCUGCUUCUGUACAUGAUAUCGCCGCUUAUUAGCCCCAAACCCCUCAAGCUGAACGGGGCCCACGUCGUGGUGACCGGAGGCUCCAGUGGAAUUGGUAAAUGCAUAGCGAUGGAGUGCUACAGACAAGGAGCUUUCAUUACGCUGGUGGCACGAGAUGAGGCAAAGUUGAUUCAAGCCAAAAAAGAGGUGGAGAAAUUUGCCAUCAAUGACAAACAGGUGGUGCUCUGCAUAUCAGUGGAUGUUUCCAGUGAUUACAGUCAGGUGGAAAGUGUUAUAAAACAGGCUCAGGAAAAGUUGGGGCCUGUCGAUAUGCUUGUAAACUGUGCCGGAACAUCAUUUUCAGGAAAGUUUGAGGAAGUGGAGGUAGACCGUUUUAAGAGGCUAAUGGAGGUGAACUACCUGGGCAGCGUUUAUCCAACACGUGCCGUCAUAACCACCAUGAAGGAGCGAAGAAUGGGCCGCAUCAUGUUCGUGUCCUCCCAGGCGGGCCAGAUCGGCCUUUUUGGAUACACGGCUUACUCCCCGUCCAAGUUUGCCCUCCGCGGUUUGGCCGAGUCGCUGCAGAUGGAGAUGAAACCGUACAAUAUCUAUGUGACGCUGGCCUUCCCACCAGACACAGACACGCCAGGGCUGGUUGAGGAAAACAAGAUGAAGCCUCUGGAAACCAGAUUAAUCUCUGAAACCUCCGGAGUUUGUCAACCAGACCAAGUGGCCAAGAUUGUUGUCCGAGACGCCGUGCAGGGAAACUUCAACAGCUCCGUGGGUCCAGACGGCUACAUGCUGUCAGCCCUCACCUGUGGGAUGUCUCCUGUCACCUCCAUUACAGAGGGUCUCCAGCAGAUUGUUACCAUGGGUCUGUUCCGUACCAUCGCCCUCUUCUACCUGGGAAGUUUUGACAGUAUCGUGCGCCGCUGCAUGAUUCAGCGGGAGCAGUCCAAGGCGUCCGACAAGCGAGAGUAAACGCCGCUGUUCCCUCGUCCGAAAAGGCCCACAAGCAGCGAGGUGAACGGACUAUUGUUUACUCUUCGCAGCGCCGCUACUCGUGCCCCCUCCCCCCUCACCACCCGCAGUGACAUUUCACUUUUAACGUGCACAUGCUUCUCGUCACGGGAGCAGCCUUACUUUAGCAGGUGUAUUUUGCUGUUGUAAUAAUGGUACUAAGCGAUAGUACACAUUAGCGUACCUCCCCGCCUCUUCUUGCGCAGGAAAAACAAUAUCCUGCUGGACCGGUUGUGCCAAAUAUGGCCUGAAAUUCCCUCCCACGGGGGCUCAAGUGAAAAGAAGACUGAUAUGUCACUUUUUUUCCCUCGCGUUGCAUGCUUCUUUUAACGUAGGGCCACCAUGUUGUAAAUGUAUUGUUUCACCCAAUAAGAAGCAUUCUCAACCUUUUCCUACCGUUAAGUCUUUGCAGGCAAAGACUACUCGGACCACUCAGUCAGAAACCUGGCUUGUGUGUGUAUGUGUUUUUGAGUAAUACAAAUGUAAUUUCAGUUAGAAAGGAAUGGUGGUUUUCAACCACAUUUCCGCCAAGCACUAGAGUUCAGUUUGUCACAGUAUGACUGGCACGAUGACAGAUCCCGGUUAUCAUCCUUGCUUGUGUUUCUGCUGUGGGCUACGAAGGCCGCAUGGCCAUACACUGUAAGCGUGACAUCACAGCCGUGGCACCUGCCCGUAAGGAGCAUAACACAGUAAAGCAAAUGCAAAAAUGGAGGACAUCAUUUUAUGCUUCUUUCUUCUUGACUUGUUUAUUAUUGUUUGUAUUGAUAUGGACUGAAUUUACACUGCGUGGUUCAAGUAACACAAUUCUGAUGUUUUGCUGUCAAGUUUCACAGUUGGGAUAUGUGUCAUGGUAGCGUAAAUAGAAAAAAAAAAUCUUCACGUCAGUAUCAGGCCUCUUCCAAAUAAGGACAAAAAUCCAAUGCACAUCGACUAUCUGCCAAGUCGACUGCAGCAUGAACGCACAGAUCGCUUGAUGGUUCGUCUGCACGUGUGGGUUGUUCCGUCGGUGGAAAACAGCCAUAUGGGAUGUGUCACUUAAAUGUCAUAAAAUCAGAUAUAGGCAUCAAAUUGGAAUUGGACACUUGGACCAAUCAAUAGACUGCCGUGAGACUCGAUCACAAGGGUGCAAAAAAGAGGUUAUGUUUUUUUUUUGGGGGGGGCUCAUCACAGCAAAUGCAAAAAUCAAAUGCCGUAUCAGACUGAACCGAUUUAUAUUGCUUGGUGGAAAGUGGACAAUUAAAAUCUCGUGUGCAUGCAUGCUUCUGCGAUGUGACUGAGCCAACGUUCAUAGAAAAAAAUAAAUAAGCCAUCGGACGUUUACCAUUUCCGGAUCAUCCCACAUUUCAGCAGGUACUUUUAUUUCAAGCCAUGGUGAAUGUGACAGUUCACCUUUCUAAUAUAAUACACUUUUUUCUGUUGUUCUUUGAGCGUGCAUAGCUUCCGUGCAAUUUGUAUGUGUCAGUGCACAUAUUAUGCCACACGGUCUGCGUUGGCGCUGACCUAAAUCAGGGCAGAGCGAAACUCGCUGGUUCGAAUAAUGCCUGUGUAGGUCGAGUGAGGGCGCUAGAGAUUUGUUUUAAAUGCAGACGGUGUCGCUACUUUAGAUGUCCUGCCAAGCACGGGCAGGACUCCCCAAACAGAAAUUUAAUAUACUGAAUUCCUUUCAAAAUGGUGGUCUUGUAAGUCUUCCUUUGGUCCAGAAUGUAGUUUCAUACAAGUCUGAGCAUAGGAAUAUUCUUUAUGCACGCUGAUAGUUGAAUGCCAAAAUGUGUCGAGACAAUUCCUGUUGAGAUGUCUUUUGCGGUCGUGAGCGGCGACCUGUUCUAACCAAGCCUUAAGAUGCGACUACUGAUCGAGCGACCACAGCGAAGCCCGUCCACUCUGACACGCGGGUGUGUAGUUUACCAAUGAUAUCAGCUUUUCAGUGUAAAUUGUCAACUUUCUUUGCUUUUGUAUUGUCUCUGUGUGUGGGUUGUGUCAGUGAAGAAAAGACGCCUUACAGAAAUCCAAAAAAUGAAAGUGAGAAGACAUGACUCGUGUUUGAUGACGUUCUCGUUUAAUUUUUGAUUUAAAGGCGCCCCGAGCUUCCCUUGUCGCUUUCGAUCGUCCUCCCAUUUUGUUGAAGUAGCAGCACAAACUGGUACAAACUGGUAAAUUUGAAUUUUGUGGAAAAGUUUUUUUUUUUUUUUUCUCUCAGUAGUUAAAAAAAAAAAAAAAAAAAAAAAAAAAAAAGUUUACACACCCCUGUUAAAAUGCUAGGCUUUUCCUGGUAAAUCAUUGCAGAACUGUUACCUGUGCAGCUCAAUUAAAAAAAAAAAACAAAUUAAGAGUGAAAGUAAAAAUGAACAUUAUAGUGGGGUACACCCUUGACUGUUAACUGAGAAUGUGGUUGCACAAGUGUGCACACCCUCUUAUAACUAUGGAAGUGGCUCUGUUAAAAAUUAACCAAAUCACAUUCAAACUCAAAUUUCAAAUGUUCUGGUAGACUUUUCGUGACAUUUUUGUAGUCACUUUUUUCGAGCAGAAGCCAUGGUUCACAGAGUGCUUCCUCGGCAUCAAUUGGGAGCAGGGUACAAAAGAAUUUCCAAGGUAUUAAGUGUACCGUGGAACAGUCAUCAUCAAGUAGAGUGAUGUGGCAAAACAGUGAUGACCAAGACCUGGAUGUCGAUCCAAAAUUGAUGAAAAAUGAUUAGGGAGACUGCCAAGAUUCAAGGAGCUGCAAGAAUUUACACAAUAGUUUAUAUUUACUUCCCCUCUCAAAAAGAUGUCCGAGGAGUGUGUGUUCUUUUUUUUUUUUUUAAAUCUUGCUCUAAUAUAUCAAAAACCUGGCAUUUGGAGAGGGAUGUGUACACGUUCUAUAUCCACUGUAGAGUCAUUAACAACAUUUUCAGAAGCCAGAUUCCUCGUGAAUCGAUAUAUCCGGUGUGAGUUUCACAUUUGGAAUUGCAAAACUAUAGUAAAUUAACUUUCCCCUGAUAUUUUUAAUUCAUUGAAAUGCACUUGUAGUGACUCCAACAUGUAGCCUGUUGUUUUAACGCUGAUAAGCUAUGCAAAGAAAAGCCUUCGCUUUCAAUGUCUUUGAGCAUUUACAUUCAGGAUCGGAGUCUUAGAACAGGCAGGCUCGUCGCCACUUGUCAUUUAAUAAUCAACAAACACAUUUUAUGUUCAGUCUGUCUUUUAUCUUCCUCCCCUUUCACCUCGUGUGCCAUGGAACACAACCUGUCAGAAGUAGAACUGUUUUAUGUAUUUCUGAGAGUUGAACUGAAUAAAUUCAUAUUAGGAAAGCUCAGCUGCCCAUGUUGAUUUAUUUUGUUUUUAUUUUAAAUUAAUAUUCUGGUCCCGAGGGCAUAGAACAUCCUCUGUUUUUGUGUCUUUGAAAUCUUUGUGGAGACUGAAAAUAAAGUGUAGCCUAGAGAAUACAGUUCUGUACCGCUUUCUUGUA